AUGCUUGGGCAAUCCACCGAGGAAUCUGAUUUCAGCUCGCCUUCCAUACAUUUUGCGCAGGAACGUCGGAAGUCCCAAUCCCGCGUUAUGACCAAGAAAGAAAAUUCCCAUCCCUCCGGGCGAUUGGCCUGUGAUAUUUGUCGGGAGCGCAAGGUUGGGUGUGAUCUGGCAGACCCAAAGGGCGGUCGUUGCACACGCCUUGGCUACGACUGCAGCUACCAAGGACGGAAACGACGCCGCGCCGCCAAGGCGGAUCUGCCACGUCAACUAUCCGAACUACAGGAUCGACUAACACAAGCCGAGGCAAUGCUUCAAAGUUCCGCGGCGUCCACUACUCCAGUGACGUUCCCUCCGCAGGGCGAAUCGUUCUGGCCCCAGAUCUCACCACCAGAGCCAUUCGGAGACCACGAGAGGCUAAUGCAUCGUCUCCAAAACUACGCGACUGGUCCAAUGGAUCGUGGGUUCGAGGGCUUCGACUUGUUGACUAACCUCACGGAAGAUAUUCCUGGCUUUGGGGGAACUAUCGAUCCAGCUUUGACAUCAGAGAUCAUUCCGCUCCCACAAGAGGACAAUACACCGCUACCAUUCCCGCUCGGGAGUAAUUAUCUCCUGGCGGGAAACUCAACGUCCCCUAAUUUCAACGAUCCUUUCUUCCCAUCAACCCCGGUGCUCGAUGAAUUGAUCUCGCCACAAGAUAUUGAAAUACUUUACCGUGAUAAGCAACCCUCCCGCACGCCCCUUGGCUUGCCCAAAAACUGA